CUACUAGGUACCUCAGUAUUGAGUACGUACCUGCCGCAGCGUCAAAUGGGAGUUUUAAAGAAUUGACGGUCUUUCUAUUUAACAUGUGGCCCACUUUAGAGCUUUUAAGCCAAUCAAUCAGAGCUCUUAUUACCUUACUACAUAACAAGCGUUGGCUUUUCAACAACGGUUCUUUAAAAUCAAACGUUCAAAUGUUCUUUGCCAUAGAAGGCUUACUAUACAGAGAACGGUCUUUUAGCAAAAGAACCGUUCUUUUUAAGCGCGCAUUGACGUUGCAGUACAUAAGCUAAGACGGACUCGGGAGCGAUUCGAAUUUCAAGGAGCUAAAGGAUGCCGUCCGUACCUUAACCUGCCACCCACCUGCAGCUUCAACCUCCAACCAAUCAGCCCAAACAAUUCCCUAUCUCAUGCUCGUAGCCUCGUCGCCUCCUCCUAAAGCCUACUCAGCCUUCUACAACUAGGUACUCAGCAAAUCAUCUACUACAUAGUUGUCUGUAAAUGUAGAGGCCAAGGCAGACAAAGUGAUUCACAAUGGCGGUGUCUCCUCUGAUCGUGCAUCCGACAGAUGCUUUACCGAACCCUAGAUCUGUAUCGUCACCGCUCAAGAAUGCAAAUUCAGCACAAACAUCGUCAAACGGCACCCCUUUAGUUGCGCCUACCGCGCCGUCUGGAGCUCAGCCCGCCUCUUUAGAUGUUGCCGAGCAGCUCAACGAGGAGGAGAAGCGCAAAUAUGUGAAAGGCAAGAAGCUCGGCGAGGGUACCUAUGCCAACGUAUACCUCGGUUUUCUUCGGGACGACCCAUCGAAGCCGGUUGCCAUCAAGAAGAUCAAGAUACAGAAGGAGUACACAGAGGGAAUGGCACCUGACGCCGUUCGCGAAAUCAGACACCUACAGGAGCUCUCCCAUCCCAACAUAAUAACCUUGCACUCGAUAUUCUCCUCUAAAGACCAGAAUCUCAACCUCGUCCUAGAGUAUCUGCCCCUAGGUGACCUGGAAAUGCUUAUUCGUGAUGAAAAGGGUGUCAAAUAUGGUGCGGCUGAUAUUAAGGCUUGGAUGGGUAUGCUCACCAGGGCGGUAUGGUUCUGCCACGAGAACUUUGUGCUGCAUCGCGAUAUAAAACCCAACAAUUUGCUCAUUGCAGCCGACGGAGAGGUUAAACUAGCAGAUUUCGGUUUAGCCAGGAGUUUCUCGGAUCCGUACAAGCCCAUGACUUCCAAUGUCAUCACGCGCUGGUACCGACCCCCAGAGUUACUGUUCGGUGCCAAGCAUUACUCCGGCGCCGUGGAUAUUUGGUCUGUCGGCUUGGUCUUUGCAGAGCUGGUAAUAAGGAUGCCGUUUCUUGCAGGGAACACAGAGAUGCACCAAAUCAGCCUUAUUUGUCAGGGUAUCGGUACGCCGACGGAGGAGAACUGGCCCGGGGUUACCAAGCUGCCCGAGUACACCGCGGAGAAGGAAGUCCACCCAGUGCGAGGAAGGGAUUACUUCUUGUCUAUGUUUGGUACGGUUGGUACUCACGGUGUUGAGCUCUUGAUGAAGACGUUGAUACUCGACCCUAAGAAGCGAGUCACGGCUCGGGAGAUGCUGAACCAUAAGUGGUGGCAAGAAGAUCCCAAGCCUACCCGUAAGCAAGACCUACCCAAGAAGUCUGGUGGACAGGAGAAGGUCGGUGCGGACUUGAAGAGAAGGCCUGGGAUGGUAGAAGACGAAGGCAAGGGUUCUAAGGUUGCCCGCAAGUUAGACUUUGGAGGAGGCAAUUAGGAUAUUUUCAUCCUAUGAGAAAGAUUACGAUGCAUAUCAGUCUGGCGUUUGGGAGUUUGUCUAUAUAUCAACCAAGGCAUAAUAGGUCAACGUUUACUUUACGAAUCUAGGCACCGCAGGAAGA